GUCGGGACGUCUUUUCAGUCUAAAUCCGACGCCAGUUUCGAGUGAAUCUAAUUUCGUUCGCAGCGUGGAAACUACGGAGAAAAAUCGCGUGAUCGACAUACUUUUUUACCGGUGCAAAGGUUUUCCUUUGUAGAAACAAGUUCGGUAGUGAAUUAACCGGGGUUUUAGUGGAUAUUCCUGCUGGAAUAAUUAGGAUCUCACAGUGCAGGAUUUGCCAGUAAACAUAGGUUCCUUUCAGGCUUUGCAGCAAGUCAUGUCACAAUGCGCUUGUGUUAAAAUGAAGAAAAAACCGGUCAUCAAUGAAGACGAAGAACUAUCGGAUAGCUCGAAGUCGGAGAUGAUGGCCGCUACUCCCUGCCUGAAAGCAAAACCAAAACCCAAAAGAAGAUUGAGCUUCAAAAUCGCCGAUUUUCGCAGGAUUAUUCCCGAUCGAAUACUGCAAUGUUUCGGGCAGGAUGAGCUGGAAAUGACCAAGCUGGAAAAGACCAUUAAAGCGUCGCUGCUGAUUCAGAAAUGGUAUCGCAGCUACAUGGCCAGAUUAGAAGUGCGAAGGCGAUACACAUGGACUAUUUUCCAGACUUUGGAAUAUGCUGGUGAACAGGAUCAAGUCAAGCUCUACAAUUUCUUCAAUGCUCUUCUAACACAUAUUCCACAAACAGCAAAUCGAGAUGGUUACAACUCGAAAGGGGCCAGCAGAAGUUCCUCCUUUGACAAUUUGGACUUGGAGUUUGAAGAUGAGUCUCCAGAGGAAGAAUAUUCGAUCGACCAAGAUGAUAAGAAAGCUUUGAGGAAUUUUGUGCUCGAGUAUCCCUAUACCGAUGAGAAAAUCACUGAGCUAAUUGAAAUUUUUCGGAAACACAGACAUUUUAGGUUGCCUCCUAAAGUGGUCGCUGAUAUCCUUAGAAGAUCAGUUACAGCGCUUCGAAGAUUGCCGAAUAUCAGUGUGGUUUCAACAGCACUUUCCAAGCAAAUCACUGUUUGUGGCGAUCUGCAUGGGAAGUUUGAUGAUUUGCUCGUCAUUUUACAUAAGAAUGGGCUUCCAUCAGCGGAAAAUCCUUACGUUUUCAACGGCGACUUUGUCGAUCGAGGCAAACGGGGCUUAGAAGUGAUCGUCGUUUUGCUAUUGUGUCUGAUCGCCUUUCCUGGCGGUGUCUACUUGAAUCGAGGAAAUCAUGAGGAUCACAUUAUGAAUCAAAGAUAUGGUUUUAUACGGGAAGUGCAGUCUAAAUACAGGAAAAAUCACGAGCGGAUUUUGAAACUUUUUGAAAGCGUCUACCGGUGGCUGCCUUUGGGGACCAUCGUCAAUAACCGUGUGUUGAUAGUGCAUGGAGGAAUUUCGGACACAACCGAUCUGGAAAUGAUUCGGAGUCUGGAGAGGGAAAAGUAUGUUUCACUUUUGAGGCCUCCGCUUUGUGACAGUUCGGCACCGGGUGCGGACGCUAUCAAUAAAGUUGAAUGGAAACAGGUGUUUGAUAUUUUGUGGUCAGAUCCCCAAGAAACCAAAGGAUGCAUCCCCAACGCCUUAAGGGGAGCAGGCACGUACUUCGGUCCGGACGUUACCAAGAAAUUUCUGGAAGAAAAUCGACUUUCCUAUGUGGUGAGAUCGCACGAAUGUAAAGCUGAUGGAUACGAAAUGUGCCACGACAACCUAAUAAUAACGAUUUUCUCUGCAUCCAACUACUACGAAAUCGGCUCGAAUAAUGGGGCUUAUGUAAAGCUGAUGGGGCCCAAUUUAGAGCCACAUUUCGUUCAAUACAUGGCCAAUGCGGGCAGAAGAAAACUGAAUUUCUAUCAGCGAAUGGGGCUGGUUGAAUCGGGCGCUACCAAAGAGUUGCAAGCCCAAAUCCUCAAUAACCGGUUCGUUAUUGAGGAGGAGUUUCACAAUUUAGAUCCAGAAAAUACUGGAUAUAUCACGGUUACACAAUGGUGCAUAACUCUGGAAAAAUGCACUGGACUGCAAAUCCCCUGGCGACUGCUGAAGGACAAGCUAGUAACCAUCGAUCCUGAUACCAAGUUGGUUCAAUAUCAAACCACAUUUGUAGAUGUUAAAAGCGCCCGAUUAAAUAGCGUGCAAGGAGCUAGCACAGUGGUCGAGACGUUGUAUAGAAAUAAAAGCAGUUUGGAGGCCAUUUUUCGCAUUAUCGACAAAGACAAUUCAGGUUACAUAAGUUUAGACGAACUGGCCGAAGCAUGCAACCUUAUCAAAGAACACAUGCCGUGCAACAUGACCGAGGACCAACUCUCGGAAAUAUGUCGAAUGAUGGACAUCAACAAAGACGGCCUAGUGGACUUGAACGAAUUCCUCGAAACCUUCCGAAUGGUGGACCCGGAAAGUAAACGAAAAAAUAUGCCAACCAGUCCGGAUAACAGCAUGUGGACGAAUGGGGCAAACAGCAGAAGCCCGCGACGAAGUCCCAAAGAGCGAAAGGAACAAAAGCAGCAUCAACUAGCUGAUAAGCAGGCAGCUGGAAAGGCGAAUAUUUUUGUGGAAGCGUCCAAUGCUAUUUCCGUGGAAAUUUCGGAACCCACAACGACCGAAUCCAACGAACACAGUCCGGAAAAAAAGGACUGUCAAGGGGAAGCAAUUUCCUUGAGGGUGCAGGUGCAUAAUUUCAACUCGCCUGCUGAUGGUGCGGAAACAAGGGAUGGCAGCCUUAUGCCGGUACAUCAAAACGGGUUGAAAACUUCUCCGGUGCUGAGCAGCAGAAGAGGAUCUCUGAUCUAAGUUGGCAUGUUUUGCUGCAGCUCAAGAGCAACUAUUCCGUUCACUGAUUUGAUUGCAGUAUUUUGUCUUGUAGAGCUAAUCGAUUUAACUUCGUGUGCUCAACUCAAGGAUUUCUUCGCUAAUGUCUUCUCUAUGUUCCUGCUGUGUUUUCCUUCUGUCUUGUUUUUACUGCCAACUCUUUUAUUCACUACGGUUGUUCUCUUCUGUCCUCGGCAAGUGAAUUAGGGAUGUUUUUUUUAAAACCAAAUCCUCUUUUAAUGUUGCAAGUUGAGUUCAAAACGGUUUUCCGUGACGUGAAUGAAAAGGCCGUUCAACAAGUGUGUUUUGAAAAACUACUGUUAAGAUUGCGACUUUUUAGUCACUAAAAUAUCCCUUCCAGCGAGUCACACCAAUUUAGACCCCCACUGGACGAUUAUUUCAUAAGAAACAUCUCGUUCUAAAAAUACGCUUAAAGAUUCUUCCCUAAUUAAGGUACAACUUAAAAUAAGAUAAUUUAGUUAAAGCUACGUUUAUUUACCAAGAAAUCGUAUCGUAUGAAACUGCCAUGUUUUCUAGCGUUAGCUGGGUCGUUUUUGCUGCAAAAGAUGUUGGAAAAGGUGCCGCUUUGAUCAAAGGUCGGAUUUAGGUAAAGUAUUGGCCACUAGGGGAACAAUUUUCUAGAAAGAGUUUUUUGAAGAAUCUAAUGAAAGAAAGUGAAAUUAAAGUGGACAUACAUGAGAACUGGAGGUUCUGUGAGAACCAGUCACCAGCUACGAACUUUCGUGUGAAUUUGUCAGUUUUUUUUUUAAUUUUGUUUUACAUGCGACAUUUGAACAUUUUGUGGAGUAAAUUGGCUCGGCCUUUCACUAAGGAGAACCUUCCUCCAAAGAGAAUAGAGUUUUUCCAGCCCAAGUAAGUCGGCCAAUAAAAAUGUUGUUAAACAUCGCCGACUCUUUAUUAGGUAAAAAAACCUUUGGCAGCAGAAUUUAGGUAAAUUUUCCAAAAUGGAAAUGUACACGAACUCCUGAUUGACCAGGUGCUUUUUGCAAAGUUCUCGCUCCUUUUUGGCGGGUGGAAACUAUACAUUAGUACGCCGAAAUUUGCCGAAAAAAAUACGUUUUUAUUGAAACUGGUAGAGAUAGAAAUUUGCAACUUUUACCAAAAAAUAGAGCAAGAUUUCUGCGACAGAUUUAAAAGUUUUAAACAAUUUACCCUCUUCAGGGCAUUUUUGUGCGCAGCCCGUAAAAACGUGCAAGUUUUUCUUUACAAAAAUCUCUCUUCUAAACAAAUCAACGUACUGCCUUGGCGACAUCGGCGUUGAAACAAGAACAGUUUUCAGACCGAAAAUUUUUUGGAAUUGCUAUCACAAAGAGGAAAGUUUGGAGGAAUUUUUAAAUGUUGGAAUGUUUGCUCAAAAUUAAAAUAAAAUAGGAAAUUUCAGUUCUUGCGAUGAUUUUGAUGUUCCAAACUCGGAGUAGCAAUUUGGUUGCUGUUUCAAACAAUCAGCGCAGCAAACGGCUCGAAGUUUCCAAAUAAAAAAAUGCUUGCAAACGAAAAACUCUAUUUUCCAUAGCCCUCUUCGGCUAAACCCUUCGAAAGCAAUACACAAAUUCAAUUACCUAAAUAUAUACAGUAUUUAUACUGCUUCGUAGAGCGAGGCUUUUGGGGGCAACAUUUACGUGAUAGGAAAAGAGGCAGCCCCCAAUAGCCGGUGAGUAGGCAUUUUUUCGAAAUAGAAUAGAUUAGGCCUGAAAUUUAUCUUCUUAUAAACAGUCAUAUUUUAUAUAUAGAUAUAUUUACCAAUUGAAGUCCGUUAAGGUUUUGUUGAAAAUCAAAUAAAUAUAUAUAUAUUAAUGCCCUUUUGAUGUUAGCGCAUGCAUAAUAUUGAAACUAUAUCACUAUUUGAGAAAUAAUAUCACUAACCAUAUGAGAUUCUAUUCGAUAUUAUGCUUCUUAGAGUUUAAGACAAAUUAUUCAAAAUGUAAUUAAUUGAGCGCAGUGGACAGAGCCGUGAAUCGUUUAUCGUUUAACCGUUAAUAGGAAAUCGAAAUCCUCAGGGAAGAUAAGGGAAUGUUUUAUCCACUGAGCUGGUAAGGACCAAUCUCUAUGUGUACAUAUUGGACCAAAACAAUUUUUGUGAGCAACAUGUCCUUCCAAGUCUAUUUUUUUGAGAGAUUAGUAUUUAUUGUGCCGUUUUUUAUACUAACCAUUAGGUUUAGUUCCUAUUUAGUUGAUCUAUUGACUGUGUUACUUGUACAUUUGUUUUUUAGUCUAAAAGUAUAUUUUGUACUGGCUUAUGGUUGCGAUGUGUCUGGUGAACAAUUGUAAUGUUGAAACUACAGUUACAAGUAAAGGAAAAACAUUCUUGAA